AUGACGACGACGACGAGUGCUACAUCCAGUCGCUUCCAAAAUCUCCAACAACAUCAACGUUAUCAAUAUCAAAGAAGAAGCAGAACAACAACAACAACGAGGAGGAAAAGAAACGCGCACGUAAUCACUCGCGCCGCUAAGAACGACGACGAGAACGACAAAGAAGAAAAUCUCUUCUCAAAAGCGGAAAAGAUGUUGGAAAAAGCUGGCGUUUCCAUGGGGCCCAUCGCCAUGUCUCUGCAAGAAGACGGGAAGAAUAUCAAAGAAAAGAGUUUCGACUCGAGAGAAGCCAUCGAAGAAGCGGUCAAGGCGAGGAAGUCCAUCGCGAAUUUAACCACGGAGGAGUGGAAGAAGAAAUACGUCAACAAAGACGGGACGGUGGAUUUGUUCAUGGAGGAUGACUUUAACGUCGCCUCUCGCAAAGCAGGAGCGGGUGACUAUGAUACUUUAAUCAACGUGGAAAACGUUGCGUGGCAAAACAAAGGCUCGAGCGAAGUGGACGCACCUAUAAGGAACGUGAAAAUUACCGAUCACGAAACGGGAGAAGUCUUGGAGUUGGACGUUCCGGAAGGUAGGUAUAUUUUAUUUGAAGCCGAGCAGCAAGGAUGGGAGUUGCCGAAUGCGUGUAGAAUGGGAUGUUGUACAAAGUGCGCGGUGAAAGUGACGAAAGGAAGUUUAGAACAAAUCGAAGCAUUGGGUGUUUCGAAAGAAAUGAGAGACGAGGGAUACGCUCUACUUUGCGUCGCGCACGCGACGUCGGAUAUAGAAUGCAUCACGCAAGACGAGGAGGAAGUUUAUAUGAAACAGUUUGGCGAAGUGUUCGGGAAAUUAGCUACGGAUAAAAACGCAAAGAGCGUCGUUCGCGACGAUUUUGCAUUAGAGAUAGCAGAUAUGGAUGAAUAG